CAUCUGGAAUUGAGCGCCUUCUUUAUUUUUAUGAUGUUUUUUUACGGCAUAAAAAAUCGUAACGCGGCAAACAAACGCGACAUUCCGCUCAGCAGGUGUAUACAGGUGCGUCUGGGAAGAUCUUUGGACCCGGAAGAUUUCAAGCGAUUUCGUUUAAAGAUAACAAGAUGAUUGAGGAUCAGCUGAAUGAUGUGGUUUCAAGACUGCAGGCCAAGGAGUUCUUUCAGUCUGACUGGGACAUUGCCUCUUUUGCCGUCUUCUUCAUCUUCAUUGGUAUGGUCCUGCUACUGGUCAUUCUGGUCCUCAUCCGUUGUUGCUGCUGCUGCUGUUGUGAUGAUGAAAAGCCUCGACGACGGAAGGUGGGCAUAGACAAUUUUGCUCUGGAACCCUGAAUGGCACUCCUCAAAUGAGACCACAAGCAGAAGUUUCUACUUUAACCCCUAGGCAAAUCAAUGCAAGUUGUAAUUUUACUGUCACCAGUUCAUGAUCGAAUUUAGUCAGCCUGUGCAUAAAAUAAAAGUCAUUCAUGGGCACUUUAGCAUUUGUUAAUUUGGAUAUGAAAAUAUAACAGGUGAUCAUGUUUACUGUCACUCUAUUGUGUUGCAAUGAACCAGAGGAAGAAUGACUUCUGUUUUUAUAACUGUUUUUUAGUGCUUUUUAAUCUUAGCAAGACAGAAAACAAACAAAAAAAAAAGAUGCAAUUUCAUGACCAAUUUUUUAGAUCUAGUUUCAAUGUCUCUUCCUAAUUUUUUUCUUGUUGAUUGUAUGUUUCAGUUUUUCAUAUGAAAUGAAUAUACAACUAGUAAAAAAAUAAAAUUUUCUCUAUUUUA